UUUAGUAUUUAUAAAUUUUAUAAAAUUGUCAUUUUUUCUCUCUAUUAAAGCACAUGCUUAUAUCACUUGUUCCUCCACCUCAUAUCUUGCACACAUAACAUACAAACAGAGAACAUUAUCAAAGAUGGAGAGUUUUGCAGUGAGAAAACCACAUGCUGUGUUGACUCCAGCUCCAGGUCAAGGCCAUAUAAAUCCAAUGUUGAAACUUGCAAAGCUUCUUCACCUUAGAGGUUUUCACAUAACCUUUGUCAACACUGAGUUCAACCAUAAACGCAUGCUCACAUUAAGAGGUCCUGAUUCCUUUGAUGGCUUCAAAGACUUUACCUUUGAGACCAUACCAGAUGGUUUAACUCCAAUGGAAGGUGAUGAAGAUGUUAUUCAACAUUUUCCUUCUCUUUGUCAAUCUAUGAGAAAGAAUUCCCUCAAACCCUUUUGUGAACUUCUUUCUAGACUUAAUGAAUCUGCCAAUGUUGGUCUUAUUCCACAUGUUACUUGCUUAGUUUCUGACUGUGCCAUGAUGAGUUUUACUAUACAAGCAGCUAAAGAAUUUGCACUACCAAAUGUUUUGUUUUUUCCAGCAAGUGCAUGUUCUUUAUUGCAUAUUUUGCACUUCCGUUCCUUUGUAGAAAAAGGUCUCACACCACUCAAAGAUGAGAGUUAUCUAACAAAUGGACAUUUGGAAACUAAAGUAGAUUGGAUUCCAGGGUUAAAAAACAUUCGUUUGAAGGACAUUGUUGACUUUAUCCGGACAACCGAUCCAAAUGAUAUCAUGUUAAAUUUCUUAAUUGAUAUGGCAGAUAGAUUUGAUAGAGACUCUACUAUCAUAUUGAAUACUUUUGAUGAACUUGAGAGUGAUGUAAUAAAUGCUCUCUUCUCUAUGUUUCCUUCUAUUUACCCCAUUGGCCCUUUACCUGCAUUGUUGAACCAAGCUCCAAAUAAUCAUCAAUUAGCAUCUCUAGGUACCAAUCUUUGGAAAGAAGAUACCAAGUGUCUUGAAUGGCUUGAAUCCAAGAAACCUGGAUCUGUUGUUUAUGUGAAUUUUGGCAGCACCACAAUUAUGACUCCAGAACAACUGUUGGAGUUUGCAUGGGGUUUGGCCAAUAGUAAGAAAUCAUUUAUAUGGAUCAUUAGGUCUGAUCUUGUCAUUGAUGGCUCAGUGAUUUUGUCAUCUGAGUUUGUGAAAGAAAUUUCAGAUCGAGGCCUAAUCACAGGCUGGUGUCCACAGGAGCAAGUGUUAAACCACAGUUCAGUUGGUGGAUUCCUAACUCAUUGCGGAUGGAACUCAACUACCGAAAGCAUAUGUGCCGGAGUUCCAAUGUUGUGUUGGCCAUUUUUUACUGAUCAGCCAGUAAAUUGUAGAUAUAUUUGCAAUGAAUGGGAGAUUGGAAUUGAAAUCGAUAAAAACGUGAAGAGAGAUGAGGUGAAGAAGGUUGUGAAUGAAUUGAUGGUGGGAGAGAAAGGAAAGAAGAUGAGGCAAAAGGCAAUGGAAUUGAAGAAGAAGGCUUUGGAGAACACUUGUCCAGGAGGUUGUUCAUACAUGAACUUAGACAAAGUUAUUAACGAAGUGCUGCUUAAACCUAAUUAGAAUUAUUUCAGCCAUGCGGCAUUGUACUACACCAAAAUGUUUUUCUACUAUUUAAUGUACUUUAUUGUCAAAUAAGAACUAUGCAUCUUUUAAAAGUACUAGUUGUAUCUAGAACUUUUAAAAGAAAGCAUAGACCGAACCAUUGAACUGUUUCCAACAAAUCAAGAACAAAAUUGAACCAAUUCAAUCAUGUUGUUAAAAUAU